CAGGGUGCAAUUUAUAGGCUUGGAAAUCCACCGUCUGAAAAAAACGGCGCGCGCGAGGAUCAACAUGGGAGUUUUGAAAGUGCUGUUCCUGGACGACAUCCCUGACGACUGCACCUGCGCUGUGUGCCACGAGGUGCUGGAAAACCCCCGGGAGUUCUCCCGGUGCCAGCACGCCUUCUGUGAGGGCUGCAUCCUGCCCUGGCUCGACAGUCAUGACUCGUGCCCAACAUGCCGUGCUCCAGUGACGUCAUCCGACCUUCGACACCUGCACAGAAUUUGGCGGGAAAAGUUGUACCAGCUGCUCAUGCGCUGUGAGUUUCACGAUGCCGGAUGUGACGUCACGAUGCCCUUCAAAAAGCGGGACGCCCAUAUUGAGGAGUGUGAGUUCGUGACGGUUGUCUGCCCGAACCAGCCGUGCAGUGUCCGCCUGCCGCGGGCCGAGAUGCCUGAUCACACCGAGAUCUGCCAGCAUCGCCUCGUCAGCUGCAUCAAGGGUUGUGAGAUGGAGAUCAGUUAUGGCCUGAUGGGCGAACAUAACUGCAUCCGGGCACUUCGCCAUGAGGUCAACAGCCUGCACAAGGAGCAGCAAAACCUGUUCAAGGCGCUGAAGCGGGAUCGAGACGAGCGGUUGAAACUGGAGAAGUUCGUCCAUGACCAGGCAUGCGCAAUGGAGGAUCUCACUGACCUUAUCGAAUCCCUCACAACAGCGCACAAGGGAACAGACUGCGAGGAAAAGAAAUCUGGCGACGCCUGCGCAGCAGUCCCGUGUAACGAGAAGAGAACCAUCUCCCUCCCGAGACUGGCACCUCUCCAUACGCAGAUGCGACUCAACUCUGAGCGUUCCCGUGACCGUGAGCGGGCCGGUUUGAGGACGCCCAAGCGGAAGGCGGCUCACUGCGGCGUGCAGCACCAACCGUACGGGAGCAGCUCCCCCUAGUGCCGACAACUUUCUCUGCAGCACGCCAGCGCGACCAUGCAGCAAAGAUAACCAUUGAAACAUUUGCAACGCUAAUGCAUAAUGUUUACCUUCGCAUAUUGUCCACUCUGUUAAUUCUU